AGAAGGUCAUUGCAGAAAAGAAAGUGUUUGCAUGGCCUCCGUCCUCCAGGCUCCUCCUUUCACCUCCCAUCUGCCACAGAAGCUGCUGCAGGAGCGUCUGGUUCAGGGAGGGGGGAAAAAAAGGUUCUGCUCCCCUGAGGGUUUGCAGCGGCUCCACCUCUUCGCGCGUCACCAGAGGGUAUAAAAGCGUCUUUUCUCAGCACCCAAACAAAGUAGAAGUCCAACUGUAGAACAGAAGACGCACAGGCACCGGAAGAAUAACAAAGGUUGAGCGUCAUUAACGAUUUGGCGGAUUGUUUCCUCUUUUUCUGGAUACUUUUCGGGGAUCAGCGCGCACGGCGUAUACGCGCUCAUCCACUUAAAACUGGACCGCAAAAGCAAUGUCGCAUGCACACCUGAGAUACCUCCUGGCUUUGGCCUUGGUGCACGUGGUGUUUUCCUCCGGGGUGUUCGAGUUGAAAAUUAAUUCAUUCCACACGGCGCAGCGCAUCUGCAGGAGACACCGGGACUGCCACAUAUUUUUCAGGAUAUGCCUGAAGCACCCGGAGGAUGUGAUAUCUGCCGAGCCGCCGUGCACCUUUGGGACCGGUCAAACCAACGUCAUCAGGGCCGAUCACACCUCCAUCUCCAGCAGCGCCCCCAUCAGGGUGCCUUUUCACUUCAAAUGGCCGGGUACAUUUUCGCUGAUUAUCGAGGCCUGGAACGCAGAAUCCCCAACUGAAUACACAGAUAACCAAAACAACCUCGUGAACCGCCUGGCCACCAGGAGGAGGCUCGCCAUCGGGGAGGACUGGUCCCAGGACGUGCACUUUGGAGAGCAAAGCGAGCUGCGCUACUCUUACCACGUCUUCUGUGACGAGUACUAUUUCGGAGACGGCUGCGCCGACUACUGCAGGCCGAGGGACGACACGCUGGGCCACUACACCUGUGACGAGGAGGGCAACCGCAUCUGCCUGGAGGGCUGGAAAGGAAACUACUGCUCUGAACCCAUCUGCUCAGCGGACUGCAGCGAGAGGCACGGCUACUGCGAGGCCCCUGGGGGCUGCACAUGUCGCAUGGGCUGGCAGGGCCCCUCCUGCAACCAGUGCGUCCGCUACCCGGGCUGCCUCCACGGGACCUGCAGCCAGCCAUGGCAGUGUAACUGUCAGGAGGGCUGGGGGGGCCUCUUCUGUGACCAGGACUUGAACUACUGCACCAACCACAAGCCGUGCGCCAACGGUGCAACCUGCACCAACACCGGCCAGGGCAGUUACACGUGCGCCUGCAGGCCUGGCUUUGGAGGCACCAACUGUGAGCUGGAAACCAACGAGUGUGACAGCAACCCCUGCAAGAACGGAGGCAGCUGCAAUGACCUGGAAAAUGACUACUCGUGCACGUGCCCUCAAGGAUUCUAUGGUAAAAACUGUGAGAUCAUCGCGAUGACGUGUGCGGACGGUCCCUGCUUCAACGGGGGGACGUGUGUGGAGACCAUGACGGGAGGUUACACCUGCCGCUGCCCGUCCAGCUACACCGGCUCCAACUGUGAGAAGAAGCUGGAUCGCUGCAGCAACCGGCCCUGCUUAAAUGGCGGCGAGUGUCUGGACCUCGGCCAGAGUGUCCUCUGCCGCUGUCAGGCUGGCUUCACCGGCGCCAACUGCCAAGUCAACAUCGACGACUGCGCCUCAAACCCUUGCCAGAAUGCUGGGACGUGUCAGGACGGCGUGAACGACUACACUUGCUCCUGCACCUUGGGGUACACCGGUAAAAACUGCAGCGUGCGCUCGGAUGCAUGCGGCGCUCGUCCAUGCCAGAAUGGCGGCACUUGCUUCACUCACUUCACCGGGCCCGUUUGCCAGUGCCCGAAAGGCUUCAUGGGCCCAAGUUGUGAGUUCACUCUCCAGCCCAGUUUCAAGCCUGCUCUGCGCCAAACCUCCCAGCCCUCCUCGGCCACGCUUAGCAUCUCCUGCGUUCUGGCCAUGCUGGUUGUCGCUCUCGUGGCGGGCAUCAUCUUCCUGAGAAGGCGUAGGAGGCUGCAAGGAAGGAAGCAGCUGAGCGACAUUGCGGUUUACAAUGACCUGGAGACGGCGAACAACAUGGGGGGAAGCGAAAGAGAUUCCUUCCUCGGUCCGAACGGCCUGUUCAAGAUCAGCAACAGCACGGCCCGACUCAGCUUCCCCCUCUGCCCCGAAGGAAGGUCAGGGUACAGGCACAAUCCGGUGGAGAGCAGCCUGGCCAGAGAGGACUUCAUGUGGCGGGACGAGGCCGGUCUGGGCUCUGGAGCCGGGUUGAGAUGAGUGGAGCUCGGCGGGAGAAGCACAUAUUAGCACUUGUUGCUCCUCUUUCUUCAUGCAUUGUGACAUGAGGAGCAAAACACCACAAAUAGCAACAAAUUAACUAUUUACAAAGAUUAUUAGAAGAAUAUACGGGACACAUUUAAGACCCAAAGAGACCAAUAUUAAGAUCCACCCUUCAUAGGACCUGCAACGCAAACCAAAUACGUACAAAACUAAACCGCUUUGGAAAACUUGUCCCGGAUGUAUGACUUUGAUAUCAUCUUUAAUAUCAUUUGCUGUCUUUUUUUUUUACACCAAGUUUUUUGUUUUGCCUUUCAAUCUUCCUUUGCUCAUUUUUUCCUUAUUGUGCGCACCAUCAUUUUUAUCCUUUAUAUUAUUUAUUUAUUUGAAAACUUACGUUUAUGGCUCCACUUGGAUUGUGACAGAAAUAUAUUUAUACGAUGCUGAAUGAAGACUGGGGGCCGUGGAAGAUAAAACACCCCAAAGUUGUAAAGGGCAGGGAUAUGAGGACAUACAUUGCCCAGUCAUGUGCCAUUUUUUUACGUUCAUGCCAAAGUUUGUGUGAUGUUAUGUGUUGUCAUUGCUAUUUAAGUUGAUCAUAUUAUGUUUUUUGUUGAAUUAAAAACAACAAC